UUUGUUUUAGAGUUGGAAAUUCCCAUUACCCAUUGUUUUGGAGCUUCCAAUUUACAUUAGAUGAACAAUUACUCCAUGAACCUCAAUUGCUCGCACCGGUGUCACUUCCGCCACGCUAUUGUCACCUCCGCCAUCCCCCGCCGCCACCAUCGCCGCCGCCUCCUCAAAUACUCCCCUACUCCGGCGAACACGCCCAUAUUCGCACCCACUAUUUUCAAGCUCUCCGAUGACGGCCUCCAAAUAACCCUAAGACGCCCUUCCACUUCCCUCCAAGUCCAACAACUCGAAACAAAAUUGAAUCAGUUAAUCGGCCGCGGCCGGGAAGCUUUUGACGACUUGAGGACUGUCGUCGCCGUUGACGAGACCAACGGAGGUUUCGUCAUCUCCUGCCGGAGGUCCAGUGUUGAGUUUUUAGCUGCUCUGUUUUUUUCCAGUUUGGUAGUUGUUAUUGCUUUUAGGGGUUUGUUUAAACAAAUCAGCAAAAAUAGCGGUGAAGUACUUGUGUAUAAGCGGGAUAGGAGCCUGGGCGGUAAGGAAGUGGUGGUAGGGAAGAAGGAGACAAACUUGCCGACUCGUCGUAAGCCGACCCCAUUGAGUUCGAAUGAUGCCGAUUACUAUUAUGAGAAGAAAAUUAACAGAACAAAGAUUUUGGGUAAAUCCAGGAAGGAAGAGUUGCCUCAGUGGUGGCCUCAGGCAGUGAAUUUGGGUUCACCGGAAAUCGAAAAUAAAGAGGAAUAUCAGAGGAUGGCUAACCAAUUGAUUGGAGCAAUUGUGGAUCGCAAAAUGGCUGGGGAGGAUAUUUCAGCAAAUGAUAUAGUUCAGUUGCGUCACUUAUGCAAGACGUAUGGUGUGAAGACAUCCAUUAGCACUGCAAAUACACGCGAUUCACUCUAUCGUGUGUCAGUUAACUUUGUGUUGAACUACUGUGAGACCAUAUCAAAUAUAUCCACCUCCAUUCAGAUUAAUGGUGAGGAUGUGCCGGAGUUUAUUGCUGGGCUUGCUGAUAAUAUCGGACUUGAGAGCACUCAUGCUGCAAGAAUUGUAUCUGCAGCUGUUGCUGCACGCACACGUUCAAAAAUCCUGCAGGCUUGGGCAUUAGAAGUUCAAAAUAAACACUCUGAAGCACUAGCUGAGCUGUUCAAAGUAUGCAUCAUUCAUCAGAUUUUCCCUCCAGAGGAGAACUCGCCUGAGAUGGAAAUGGUGGCUCGAGGGCUUGACAAGUCAUUAAGUGUGGAACAAAGAGAACAGAUAUUGAACUCAUUCAUCGCCGUUUCUGGCAAAGAAAUUGGUCAAAGUGUGGUCGAAGCACUGGGUUUGAAUUCAUCAUGAAAGGGAAAAUCGCUUCAAUUUCAACGUUCAAGUCUUUUUUCCUACAUUCUUUCUUGGCCAAAUUCAAGUUCCAAGGUGGAUAUUAAUUUGUUGGUGGAUCAAGGCCGAAGCUACUACUUCUCGAUUUCUAUGGCCGAUUAAUUUCUCCCAUAAUUCGUUCGAGCAACUGAGUUACACACAGAUCGAAUCGAAUUUGUAAGUACUUAUGUUUUUCUACAUUUAACUAUUGACAUUAGUUUGAAUAAGAAAUGUACUUCAGUAGGUAGUUAGUGGGACUAAGGUACUAGUUUAGCAGUUGAAUAAUACUGUGCCAACAAAUAUUCAAUAGUUUCCUUUUGCUUAGGUUUCUUUUACUAUUAAAUUAUGGUACUUGAUUUAAUGUAUAAUAAUCUUACUGUCUUUUUUCGACUC